CCAUUAGUUUUGCUCUCUCUCUCUCUCUCUCUCUCUCUGUUUCUCUAAUUCUAUCAUGGCUUUUCCAAAUCCCUGACUCACCACAACCAACAAGAAGAAGAAGAAAAAACAACAAGUAGAAGUAUCAUCAUAUGUCACAAUUUUGUUUGCAUUGGCGUUGAUCCACUGGCAUUGCUCAUUUCACAAUCUUCGUUAUCGUUGCUGUUUUUUCCCCAGAUUCAAAACUGUUUCUAUAAUGUACAAUUUAUUUAGCAUUUCAAUGAAAGCAGGAACUUGUAUCUAUACCCAGAAUAGAAAAAAAUUAUUAGAUUCUCUUGGUAAAAGUUUGGCAAGCUAUUAGAUGCGACCAUUAGGCUUUUCUUCCAUGGUGGUUGGUUUAAUUAUAUCUUCUUGAUUUUUCUUUAUAAAAGAAAAAGAGAAAAAAAAAAAAAUUUUGGUAAUGGAGAUACAGUUGAAAAAUGAUAUAUUCCAAUGCUCAUGUGGAUCAAGGUGUGGCUGGCAGGAUGCAGAUGGGCUUCUUAGACGACCUACAAUGGGGUAGACCUGAUUAUUUAGUUCUGGAAUGAGUUUGGAUAUUUUUUUUUUUUUUUCAUUUACCAAAGAAGGCCUUUGUAUUCAAGUUUUAUGGUGGUUACACAAAGUUGACAAGUGUUCUUACGGAGUGUUCCUGUGCAUAAAUCGUUUUGGACUUGAUUUGGAUCGAUCGCCAAAAUAUUAAUAAGAGAUAUGGACAAGCAUCACAAUGUCGCUCCACCACCCACAUCUACACCUCGCAUUCGACAUAGAAGGCGUUCCAAUGAGAUUCCUUCUGAGUUUAGCAGAUCAAAUGGAAGCCAUUCACCUGUCAAGGAUCAAAGCAAAUAUAGAACAAUGUGGAUCCGAGCUUAUUCAUCUAUGUGGAUGUUUGGUGUUGUUUCGGCUGUCAUCUAUUUGGGUCAUCUUUACAUAUGGGCUCUGGUUGUUGUUAUACAAAUAUUUAUGGCGAGUGAGCUUUUCAGUCUACUUAGAAGAACUCGUGAAGAUAGGCAUCUUCCCGGAUUUAGGCUCUUGAACUGGCAUUUUUUCUUCACAGCAAUGCUAUUUGUAUAUGGUCGAAUUCUCAAUCAACAGCUUGUGAAUACAGUUACCUCAGAUAAAUUUUUCAAUAGGCUAGUGAGUGGCUUUAUCAAGUAUCAGAUGGUUAUUUGUUACUUCUUGUAUAUUGCAGGUUUCGUGUGGUUUAUUCUUACAUUAAAGAAAAGGAUGUACAAGUAUCAAUUUAGCCAGUAUGCAUGGACACACAUGAUUCUUAUUGUGGUGUUCACCCAGUCUGCGUUCACUGUAGCCAAUACAUUUGAAGGGAUGUUCUGGUCUCUUCUACCAGCAUCACUUAUUGCCAUCAAUGACGUUGCUGCUUAUUUCUUUGGUUUCUUUUUUGGAAGAACACCAUUGAUCAAGCUAUCUCCAAAGAAAACAUGGGAGGGUUUUAUUGGAGCAUCAAUCGCAACUCUGACCUCAGCAUUCUUGUUUGCCAACAUAUUAGGCCGUUUCCAGUGGCUGACCUGUCCAAGGAAGGACUUGUCAACUGGUUGGCUUCACUGUGAUCCUGACCCGCUUUUUAAGCCUGAGUAUUUCUCCUUACCAGGAUGGCUGACUCAUUGGGUUCCUUGGAAAGAGGUGCCAAUUUUGCCAGUACAGUGGCAUGCUUUAUGCCUGGGUUUGUUUGCUUCAAUAAUAGCUCCAUUUGGAGGCUUUUUUGCUAGUGGUUUCAAAAGAGCUUUUAAUAUCAAGGAUUUUGGUGCUAGUAUUCCUGGACAUGGCGGAUUUACUGAUAGAAUGGAUUGCCAAAUGGUAAUGUCUGUUUUUGCCUAUAUCUAUCAUCAGUCAUUUGUUGUUCCUGACUAUUCGGUGGAUAUGAUAAUGGACCAGAUAUCAAGACACCUUUCUUUGGAGGAGCAGCAAGUUCUGUUUAUGAAACUUGGGGAGGUACUUGACGAGAGGCAUUAUUUGGUGAAUUAGAAGUAUACAUUUUUGUCUGCAAUUUUCCAUUUCUAAAUUUCGUCCAGCAUCCUAUAGAAACAAUAUUAGAUGCCUUAUUUAUUUAUUUUUUGUGUGUGAAUAGUAGUUUUUCUUUUCAUAUUUUUGUUGGGAUCCAUCAACAAACUUGAAAUCUUGCUCCAUAAAAAUGGGCGCCAUCAGAGUAAUGGUACUGCCACCAAAUUUUUUUACCAACUAAUAUAGUAAAUGAUGUGACAUUAUUUUAUUAGUAUGGACAUUAAUACAAACUAAACAUGGACAAU